AUGAAUAUAUUAUUAUUAUUGAUUAUGCUAUCAUCAAUGCCUUAUCAAUUAGUUGCUGGGAGUUUAUCGCCUGCAUUUUAUACUUGGUUAAAUGAUACCUAUGGGAAAAUGCAAGCUGAUCGGUUACUUCGUGCUGAUUUAGGUUUUCGUGGUAGUUUUGGAGGCGGAAAUCAUACUGGUGGUCAGAGAACAAAAAAUGAGCCAGUGAUUUUGGUACAUGGAUUAGCAGAUAGGAUUGAUCUUUUUAAUCCUAUUCGAAUAUAUUUCCUAGAACAUGAUUACGGUGAUGAGGAAGUAUAUGGUACAACACAUGCUAAUGCACGUGAUGCUAUAAGUAUACUUUUUGAUACAAUGAAAUGUGAUUAUGUGAAAAUGAUACGAGAGUUCAUUCAAUCGGUAAGUGCAUAUACGGCAUCACGAGUUGAUAUUAUUGCAUAUUCAGAAGGAUCACCGAUUGCACGAAAGGCGAUAAUGGGUGGCAUGUGUGUGGAAGGAUCAAAUGAUUUGGGUCGUCCAUUAACUGAACUUAUCGAUACAUUUCUUAGUGUAGCUGGUACCAAUUAUGGCUCCAAUCGUUGCAUUUUACCAUUUGGUAGUUGUAGCACUUUAAACGGACUGCAUUGUCUCUCGAAAUUUCUUAGUGAUAUCAAUUCAAAGAAACAUUAUGAAGGAAAUCAUGUUUUUACGUUAUAUUCUAAAAAUGAUGAGAAAGUAAGCUAUCACUCGUGCGGUAAAUUAGCAAGCACAAUUGAUUGCGAAGAUGGAAAAUUUGAAGAAUCUGAUAUGAAUCAUUCAGAAGUGAUUAUGAAAACCGUUUCGAAACAAUAUGAGUUAGUAACCAAGCAUCGUUAUCCAACAUGA